AUGUUCUUCUCGACCUUCGCCAACCUCUUAUCCUCGAUCCCUACAUUUCUCUUCCCCGUAUUCGCCUCCUACAAAGCCCUCAAGACCUCGGACCCAGCACGGUUGGCGCCAUGGCUCAUGUACUGGGUCGUGCUGGCCGUCGCCCUCUUCGUUGAGUCCUGGACCGGAUUCAUCCUGUUCUGGAUCCCCGGAUAUGCCUGGGUCCGCCUCGGCUUCCUCCUCUACCUCAUCCUCCCCCAAACCCAAGGCGCCAAAGUCCUCUACCAAUCCCACGUCCACCCAUGGCUCCAGGACAACGAGCGCGCCAUCGACAACUUCAUCUCCUCCGCCCACGACCGCGCAAAGGCCGCCGGCUACACAUAUCUGAAACAGGGCAUAGAGUUCGUCAAGCAGCACCUCCUGGGUCUCCCGCCCAAGGAGCCCACCCCGCCAUCGCCCCCGACGACUUACUCCUACGCACAAAACCUAAUCUCCCGUUUCAACCUCCCCGCGGCACGCCCAUCCUUCCCCGGCAUGCCAGCCAUGCCAGCCGCCCCAGCCGCAAGCACCGCAACCGAUUUCUACUCCUUGCUCGCCUCCGCCGUGAAUGCCGCCACGUCCCGCGACCAGACCUCGGCCACCCAGUCGAGAGACCUGUCCAAUUCCGGGACGCUCAUCCCACCGUCAGUGAGCGGCCCGGUCGAGCGCCUGUCCUUCAUCUCCGCGCAGCGAGAGCGCCUCGCGAUCCUCCUCUCCGCUUUGGAUAAAGAAGCCAGUGCGCUGCAGAGCCAGUCGAGCCAGUCCACGGCUCGUCACGUCCCGAGUAUGUCCUUCGACGGCAGCAGCGAGGGGGAAGAUCGAUUCGUUAGCGGACUGAGCACGAGGAAGAGCGAGCCAGACUUUGAGAAGAUUGAGGCUGAGUCUGGGCCGGAGGAGGGGGAGGGGGAGAUGCCAAGACGGCAGCCCUUGCCGCGGGGUGGUGGGAGCACGGGAAGCUGGAUGCCUUGGAGCUGGGGCGCGAAGGCAGACGGGCCGAGUGAUGCUGAUUCCGAGAUGAGCGGGACUCCGCGGGGCGAGGAUGUGGGAAAGAGCUCGGGUGUUGAUGCAUAG